AAUCAAGGAUCUUGAUGCAAAAUGCAAAUAAUUUUUCAUAUGUUGGUUCAUCAACAAAUGAUUUCAAGGAGGAGAGUGUCAUGGUUGGGGGUAGCUUGCAAUAUGCUUCUAAUACUGAGAAUGAAAUCAUUGUAGGAUUCGAGGAAGAUGUAGAAGAGAUAGUGCAUAUGAUCAUUCAGUCAGAAUCCAUAGAACGAGACAUUAUCUCAAUCGUGGGAGAAGGAGGCAUUGGAAAGACAACAUUAGCCAAAGUAGUCUUUCAAGAUCAACGUAUUACUGCUUGCUUUGAAAUUCGAGCAUGGGUUGUUGUGUCGAAAGAAUAUAACCUUAAAGAGAUGCUCAUUGGUUUAUUACGUUGUAUUAUGCCGAUUACUAGAGAAAUCUCUAACAUGGACGAAGCUCAACUAGAAGAGAAACUACGUAGAAGUUUGAUGGGUAAGAGGUAUCUAAUUUUCUUAGAUGAUGUAUGGACUACGGAAGUCUGGUAUGCCAUCCAAAGAUGUUUUCCACAUAAUUCUAGUGAAAGAAAUCCAAUCAUGAUAACUACUCGGGUAGUUGAUGUGGCUGAACACUUAAGUUAUUUUUGUGACAUUAAAAGAAUGAAGUUCCAAAAUCUAGAGAACAGCUGGAAAUUAUUUUCUAUGAAGGUGUUUGGAGUAAGAUGCUUUUGCUCCCCUGAACUAGAGAAACUUGGGCGUCAAAUUUCUUCUCAAAUUUCUGGCAGCAACCAAAGGAUCAUUAAAAGUAUGGAGAGAAGUUGCAGAAACGUUGGAUGGAAUGGAUUGGGCUGAUGACAAAACUUCGAAAAUACUUUUGUUGAGCUAUGAUUACAUGCCUUGUCAAUUAAAAGUUUGCUUUCUUUAUUUUGGAGUUUUUCCUAGAAAUUGUUGUAUCCCUAUUAAGAAAUUAAUCAACUUAUGGGUUGCAGAAGGAUUUUUAAUGCCAAAUAAAAAUAAGAGUUUAGAGGAAGUAGCAGAGAAUUGCUUGCUUGAUCUUAUUAACAGAAGUCUAGUUCAAGUUGACAAAGUAAGUAUUGAUGGCAAAAUGAAGGAGUGUAAAAUUCACGAUCGGUUGCAUGAGAUUUGUGUGAAACAGGCUAAAAAAGAGAACUUUGUUCGGAUUAUUGAUGAAACGCAUGCCCUACAAGUUUGUCGAUGGAUAAGUUGUCAAUCAAGUCAUUGGCCGAUCACUCUAGCCAGUUGUGGGAAUCUCAGUUCCCGUGAAUUUCACUCCAUUCUCUUCUUUGGCAAAGAGUUUUACUUUUCAAAAUGCAGGUUGGUGUACUCGUGUUUGAAAGUGCUAACAGUACUGGAUCUGUCUUUUGUUAAAUACUUACAUGGCAUGCCUAGUGGAAUAACUGAUUUGAUUCAUUUGAGAUACUUGGGUUUAAGCACUAUAGGUUCUCUUUAUAAGUUUAGAUUGUUGAAGCUUCAAAGUUUACAAACUCUCAUUGUCUGUUCAUGGAUGGAAGAUUAUCCUUUGCAACUACAGUGUAAUAUUUUGGAUUUGCCACAGUUGAGGCAUUUGCGCCUUGAAAAGAGAUGUUCACAAUAUCUCCCAAGCAUGGUUCGAGAAAAUCUACAUACUCUUUAUUGGUUGAAAGUUACUAGCUCGGACCAGAAUCCAAACUUUAGAGUGGUUCCAAACUUGAAGGAACUUGGGAUUUACGUUGAAGGUGAACUAUUGCCUGGUUGUCUUAAGAGCCUUGUCCAUUUACAUCUACUUGAGAAGUUAAAAUUUGAAAUUGGAAGGGUUGAGCGGUUUUAUCUUCCCACUGCUUUUCCGUCAAACCUGAAGAAGUUGACGCUUCGUUGUACUUAUCUUCCAUGGAAAGUGAUGGGCAUAAUUGGUAAGUUGCCCAACCUUGAGAUAUUGAAACUGAAAGAUUUCGGCUUUUGUGGCCCAAAGUGGAAACCAAAGAAGGGGCAAUUUCUGGUAUUAAAGGUGCUCCUUAUUGCACAUACAAAUCUGAAACAAUGGAAUGCAAAUGUUAAUCAUUUCCCAGUUUUGGAGCGCUUAAUCCUAAGAUAUUGCUGGGUUUUGAAAAAGGUUCCAGAUUGUUUUGCAAAAAUUGGAACGAUGAAAUUAAUUGUGUUAGACAGUUGUACUUCUCUUGCGUUUUCCUCUAUGAACAUGCCAGAUUGUGCACUUCGUGUUCAUCAUAUUGGAACUAAGGUUGAAUUGCCAAAUAAUGAAAGCUCUGAAGAAGAAACUGUGGAAAUCUCUGAAGAAGAAAGUUUUGAAAGCUGUGAAGAAGAAAUUGUUGAAAGCUCUAAAGAAGUAAGUGUUGAAAGCUCUAAGAAGAGGAAAGCAUGGAGAGUUUUAUGAAGAAAGUGACCGAGGAGGCUAUUGUAAUGCAAUGCAAUAUCGGAACAGUAAUUG